AUGGGACAAUCAUUCAGUGGCAUAUUCAAUCGAUUGUGGGGUGUCAACAAGGAGAUCCGUAUAUUGAUAUUGGGUCUAGACGGUGCUGGGAAAACCACCAUAUUAUAUAGAUUACAAUUGGGGACUGUGGUCACCACUAAACCUACCAUUGGAUUCAAUGUGGAAACUUUGAAAUAUAAUAAUUUAACCCUUAAUAUAUGGGAUUUGGGUGGACAAACAUCUAUAAGACCAUAUUGGAGAUGUUAUUAUAAUAAUACUGCGGGGAUCAUAUUUGUGGUUGACUCUACUGAUCGAGAACGAAUGGACGUGGCAUGUCAAGAGUUACAUACUAUGUUGAAAGAAGAAGAAUUACAGGAAAGUGCAUUGUUGGUGUUUGCUAACAAACAAGAUCAACCUAAAGCCAUGACUGCUGCAGAAGUAAGUAAGGUUUUGGAUUUGACUGAAUUGAAAGAUAGAAGUUGGUCCAUUGUGGCUUCUUCAGCUAUAAAGGGCGAAGGGUUGACUGAAGGGUUGGAUUGGUUAAUGGAUGUAAUCAAAGAUGAACAAUUACAGUAA